ACACACAGUUUACAGAGCUUUACAGUCUGUGCAGCAGGUGGCAUCCUCUAUCCUUAGACCCUCACACUGAGUGAGGAAAAACUCCACAAUAACCCUAGUACAAGGGGGGUGAAAAUGGGAGAAACCUCAGGAAGAGCCACAGAGAAGGGAUCCCUCUCCCACGACAGGUGUCGCAUGUACAGGAAACAAGUCCAGCAGAUUACAAAAAUAUAAAAAAAGAUUGAUUUCAAGGAAAAACAUGAAAGCCCCAGGUGAGACAGUUUAAAGCACAACUGUUCUCCUUUGAAUAGACCAGAUUGCUGGUCCACACUGCUACAGCCUAUAUGGUUGUUUUCCCUAUAAUUUCCAAAUAGCUGGCUAAUCCACCCCAAUCUCAGUCUAGUUAGGACAACAACCUCAUCCAAUAUUUAACUUCAUUAAGAGUCACUUAUCUCUAAGAGAGCUGCAGAGGGUGAUAAUGCUGACCCUUCUUUUCCAUCUCUUCCUGCCACAAACACAUUCAUCCUCUCCUCAACAAACCUGUAGAUCUAUCACCUCACUGGCCAACGUUCACUUGAAAUGUGUGUCAUGGACCCACAUACUAAUUUCCUUCUUUUCCUCGUUUCUUUGUUUCUCUCUUUCAUCACCUUUUUUUUUUUUAUCCCUUGUCCCUUUUCCUUUGUUAUCUCAUGGGUUUUGAGUAUGACCUGUCACGCCGCAGUGCAUAUGUUACUGUAUGCAAUGAAUGUGCACAGAAUCAACUCCACAGGUUGAGGGAAGUGUCCUCCGGUGUAGAUUUGCACUGAUAAUGUAGGAGGAGCGUGCAUCACCCAGUCUCCGUGCGAAGUCUCCUCCCUAUUCGCCUUACCGCGCGCACAGUCCUCGGGACAAAAAGUGAGACGCGGUGCAGCGAGUAAACAAAAGUGACUGCAAAAAGUUGGACCGCUGCACCGGUGUAUCCGCUUCUGUCUCACUGGGUCCCCUCCAAAGUCCCGACGCUUUAGGCUCAGUAACCGGAGAACCGAGCCCGACCGGCGGCCCCACGAGCCUUAUCGAGUCUGAGUGCAACGCGACGUGGACUCCCCCAAGAGAAAAUGUCCGAAAAUGGCGUGGUGUCCCGGCCCAAGGUGCUGACCAUCGACACCAUGAACCCCACGGUGAAGAAAGUGGAGUACGCCGUGCGGGGGCCCAUCGUGCAGCGGGCCGUGGAGCUGGAGAAGGAGCUCUCUGAGGGUAUGAAGAAACCAUUUGCUGAGGUCAUCAAGGCCAAUAUCGGUGACGCACAUGCUAUGGGACAACAGCCAAUCACUUUCUUCCGACAGGUGCUGGCACUGUGCUCCUACCCUGAACUACUGAAUGACACUACAUUCCCCGAGGACGCCAAAAAUAGAGCACGCCGCAUUUUGCAGUCAUGUGGAGGGAACAGUAUGGGAUCCUACAGCGCCAGUCAAGGCAUAAACUCGGUGCGAGAGGAUGUGGCCCGCUACAUCGAGCGAAGGGAUGGCGGCGUGCCCUGCGACCCAGAUGACAUCUACCUCACCACAGGGGCCAGUGACGGCAUUGUGACCAUGUUGAAGCUGCUGGUGUGCGGUGAAGGUUCGAGCUGCACCGGUGUCAUGAUCUCCAUUCCUCAGUACCCGCUGUAUUCAGCUGCGCUGGCUGAACUCGGUGCUGUGCAGAUCAACUAUUACCUUGAUGAGGAAAACUGCUGGAGUCUGGACAUCAAUGAGCUGCAGCGCUCCCUGGAUGAAGCCCGGGAAUACUGCAACCCGAGAGCUCUGUGCAUCAUCAACCCCGGAAAUCCCACAGGUCAGGUCCAGAGCAGAGAGUGUAUUGAAGAUGUGAUCCGAUUUGCAGCAAAGGAACGCCUCUUCCUUUUGGCUGAUGAGGUGUACCAGGAUAACGUGUAUGCCGAUGGUUGUCAGUUCCACUCUUUUAAGAAGGUUCUGUUUGAGAUGGGACCAGAAUACUCAAACACAGUGGAACUGGUCUCCUUCCACUCAACCUCAAAAUGCUACAUGGGAGAGUGCGGUUUCCGCGGCGGCUACAUGGAGAUCAUCAACAUGGACGAUGAGGUGAAGGCCCAGCUGUCUAAACUGGUUUCGGUCCGUCUGUGUUCUCCUGUUCCUGGUCAGGCUUUAAUGGACCUGGUGGUCAACCCUCCUCAGCCUGGGGAGCCUUCAUAUGACAAAUUCAUCAAGGAGCGCACAGCCACCUUAAGUGCCUUAGAGGAGAAGGCCAAACUUACCGAACAAGUUCUCAAUACUGUGCAUGGCAUCAGCUGCAAUCCUGUGCAGGGUGCCAUGUACUCCUUCCCCCGCAUUACCAUCCCUGAAAAAGCCAUCAAAGAGGCUGAGGACAUUGGCCAGCAGCCAGAUAUGUUUUACUGCAUGAAGAUGCUGGAAGAAACUGGAAUCUGUCUCGUACCUGGAAGCGGCUUUGGUCAGAAGGAAGGAACGUACCACUUCAGAAUGACCAUCUUGCCGCCAAAGGACAAGCUGGAGAUCCUCCUGAACAAAGUCAAGGAGUUCCACCAGAAUUUCACUCUCCAGUAUUCUUAAAUUUCCACUUUUCCUUUUACGCACAAAGGGAAGUUGUCUAGAACCACAAGCAAAAUCUUUAGCCAUUUACAGUUUAUCUGUCACUAGCCAAGUGCCUUCUCUACGAUGGCUCUGGUGGUCUCUGUGAUGACGCCUGCAGCCUCUACAGCUGUCUCAUUUGGACAUUGCACCGUUUGGUGUCACAACCACACCACACCAGAAAUAAAGAGAUGCAUUCAGAGACGUGUAUGAGUUUAGUGCAGAAACUAUAGCUUCUUCUAGUAGUGGUCAGGAUUAUGAAAGAUGUAUGUCUUGUAGAUCUGAGUCUAGUUAAUGUCAUUGCCAAGCUUAAAGAAAAGGUACAGUUGAAAAAAAGAAAAUGUGAUGCUUAAAACCUUAUGUAUGUGUACAAAUUGUUAAACGAUUGCAUUCCUGUAGGCUGCUCUUGAUGGGAAAUAUAUAAAAAAACAGAAGGUCUCAUUUGCAUGAUUAUUCAGACAUGAUUUUGUAGAAAAUAAAUAAAUAAAUAAAACAAAAAUAAGUGUAA